AUGCAAUUGUUCUUAUUACUCACACUUUUACCUUGUAUAUUAGCCACAGAUUUGGCUGAGAAAUGGGGAGACCUUUGGCCAUUCCAAGGAGUUGCUACAUUUGCUCACUUAGAACAUUUCUCAUGUUUGAUCGAAUCAGAUAAACAAUUUGAUAUUGGUAUCAUUGGUGUUCCUUUUGACACAGCAGUCUCAUACAGACCAGGUGCACGUUUUGGACCUCGUGCAAUUAGAGAUGCAUCUCAAAGACAAACCAGUUUGCGUGGGUUUAAUCCUCGUGCAUUGUUCAAUCCUUAUAAAUCAUGGGCAAAAAUAGUGGAUUGUGGGGAUAUCCCUGUGACACCAAUGGACAAUUCUUUGGCCUUUAAACAAAUGGACGAAGCAUUUAAGGAUUUGUUAGAUAAGAAAUCAUUAAACGAUACUGAUGUACCUCCAAGAUUCGUUGCCUUGGGAGGAGAUCAUUCUGUGUUAUUGCCACAUAUCAGAGGUUUACACAAGAUCUAUGGACCACUUAAUAUAAUUCAUUUUGAUGCUCACUUGGAUACUUGGAAACCAGAUAAGUAUCCUUCCUUUUGGGAAUCCGACCAGAAUGAAAUCAAUCAUGGAUCUAUGUUGUGGAAAGCACACGAAGAAGGAUUGACCACCAACACCAAUAUUCACGCAGGUUUAAGAACAAAGCUUUCUGGACUCGAAGAUUUACAAGAUGAUGACGAACAAGACUUUAUCAGAAUUGAAGCUGAUGACAUAUGGUUAAAAGGACCUGAAUAUGUGGUGAACAAAAUCUUGAAAACAAUUCCAAAAGAUACUCCAACUUAUAUUUCGGUUGAUGUGGACGUUUUAGAUCCUGGUUUCACUAGUGGAACAGGUACUCAAGAACCAGGUGGUUGGUUACCAAGAGAAUUGAUUCAUAUUUUAAGACAAAUUGAAGGUUUGACUGUUGUUGGUGCUGAUAUAGUUGAAGUUUCUCCUGCCUAUGAUAUUGCUGAAAUAACCGCAACUAAUGGAGCACAAAUUGCAUAUGAGAUAUUGACUAGUAUGGUAAAAAAGGGGAAUCUCAAUAAAUCCUUGGUUAAGAAUGUAAUUCAUACAUUUGAUAACUAG